GUGAAUCGGUAAUCGAAUUCUAGUUAUCAUUGGGCUUAGUAGUCCAUGAAGUGUACGUCAUCGCUGCUCACAAGCGUGUGUGCGAGUAUGAGUUACAAGAUUACUUGAGGAUCCUUGAGGUGUAGUGCAAAAGUGCGUUCCAACGUGGAUCGUUUCGGAUUGGAAGUUAAUUAAAUAAGCGUAUUUUGUGACACAAAGUUCGAUGCUGUUCCUGCACUGGCACACGGGCAACUCUCGACAAUGAUCAAUUAAAUGGACAAGAUCUAGAGUAAAAAAUUAUGCGUAAAAAGUUCGUCCAGACGCUGGCAGCCCAGCAGCUAGAACUUUCCAGCCACAUACGAACGCACGAUAUGGAGCUAGAAAAGGAGUCGUCGGCCCGUGCACAGCGUACGCAGUCCGGCAGCGGGCCGGAAGAUGUGAUCGAAAUCAUGGAUGACGAUCAGGAGGUGGAAUUGAUGAUGGAACGGCACAGGAAGUACCAUCCACGGAAGUACGUGAACCUGCAGCAACCGACGUCCAAGGUGUAUUACGACAAGAUCGAUGCGGUAAACACAUCACCCGCGUUGGACAGAGAGGAUCGCGAUAUGGAGGAGGAAGACGAGGGUAAGCUGGUGGUGAUCGAUUGUGCGAAGGACGGCCCCCAAACCAAGGAACCCAACAAUAACAGUGCCAACGCGCCGAAUGGAAAUUACCCGACGCUCGACAGCAAUGGUGAACUGGCCGGUCCUAUCAGCCUGCCCCCGAAACCGAAAGACUCGCCAUCGGAUCGCACAAAGUCCGACGAUCAGCAAACCGCUGCAUCCGGCUACAGUUGGCAUGUGCCGCAGAGUGGUGGGAAACAUGCUGAGCUAAGGCAGCACAUUCUUAAGCAAAGGGAAAAGAUGUUGCACUCGCGACCGGACACACCGGCACCGGUUAUGUUCCAGAAGCAACCGCCGCAGCCGUAUGGUUCACCGAACUAUCAACGUUCCCAACGAGCGCAUCCUUACGAGCGGCAAACGAGCGGUUCCUCCAGCACGACUUCAACGCCCUGCUACAGUACGCCACUGCUGCAUGAUGGGAGAAACACUGCCAUACCACAUCCACGUGCUUCACAACCGCAGGGAUCACCAACGGUUGGUGGAAUCCAGUCCGGGAUUAGUUUAGGUGCCGGAGAAGGCAGAAAAUCAGCGUUCUCAACGCCCCAGGAAAAGCGACACCACGAUGCGAUUAUGAUGCCGCCGCCGCCGACACUCACCGGAAUGCCCGGAUCGGCUAGCAGUGUCGCUAUAGCACCACGCACACCCUUCUACCAUCCGUACGUGCCUCCGUACCAUUAUUCGGCGUACGGUGCCACCACACCGAGCGCUAGCACCUACCACACGCUGGAAGAAUGGUACCGGGCGGGCUAUCCUCCACCGCAUCUGCUAUCACCUACCGAGCUCCAAUACUACUACCACUGCUAUCUGAGCAAGAUCGUCUUUUCCGCUCCCGGGUAUCAUCCGCACGAUCAACACUACCGGGACUAUUCGUCGCUGGCAAUGACACCCGGGACCGGUACCGCUUACUAUCCACCGCCACAGUACGGAUUCGCUAAACCUGCUGCCAACAGUGCUGUGGUUGUUGCUCCUACUACCAAUGUUGCUGCUCCUUCUUCUGCUGCUGGUGCGGAUCCAGCCGUCGGUGGUGGUGUGAAAACCGUUCCUUCUGCAUAUCCUGCACAUCAACCGAUCGAUUUUUCACCGUACAACAAUGACCGCAAUGUACCAUCACUGAGUGCUGGUUUUCUUCCUACAACGUUGCCAUCCGCAACGGCGGAAACAAUGACGGAACCACGUGUUUCGCUACAGCAGCAACCGUCCCAUACAGCCUCUUACUCAUCUGUUUCGUCGACUCUAUUGCACUACACGGCACCACAAGCGGAAGCAAUACGUCCUACGGUUAUUAGUAGUACAGCAGCAGCAGCAGCAGCAACACAACCCGCCAAAAAGUCACCAACUGCUGCCCAGACGUCUUCGUUAAUGUCACCUCCAGCGUCGACUACUAUGCCGCCACCACAACCGCCAGCGAACCCAUCACCGGUGGUACCGUCAUCUACUACACCUCUAUCGUCUGCUCUGCUGUCACCUACUACAUCUCUACCGUCCUCUAUGCUGUCACCUUCAAGCAUGCCGUCGCCCACCAGACAUCCAGCACCACCACCCAGUAUGCCAUCACUGUCAUCGACUUUGCCUUUGUCACCAAAAAGCCAACCGACUGCUAGUACGCCAACUACCACCAUGUCUGCCCCAACACCGUACCUCUCUCCAUCCAGUAUGAUGCCACCGCCCAGCAGACAUCCACCGCCCAGUAUGCCAUCGCUUUCCUCUACUAUGCCACCACCAGCCCCACCAAGCGCAACAUCACCACGACGUACUCUUUCGGACAUGCCGAAACUCCCACCACCACCUUCCUUAUCCUCACCGACGGGUGCUCUCCGGAACGAAAGAACAGACCCACGUGCAGAUUUACCGCCCUCUGUCGGGAAAUUCGAUACAAAGCUCAACAAAAACCCGAUGAGUGAUGUCCGCUCGGAUUCCACCUCCAAAGUGAUGGAAUCUAAUGAUCCAAGUGCCAUGAAACAUUCGAAAAGAUUCAUCUCAAACAAACUACCAGGAAACUUUGGUAGCAGAUAUGAACGGCCCACGCCACCACCACCACCACCGCCACCACCAUCCACACCGAAACGUCGAGGUCGAGGUCGUCCUCCAGCGGCAUCACACAACAAAGCACCAUCCCAGAGGACAUCAUCACCUCAACCAUCGGGACCGGCUGUCUCACCAGCGAACCACACGGGCGAACGUAACAUUGGCGCGCUGUUGCAGCAAAUGCGCCGGGAGAUGAUGUCAUUUCUGCAACAGCGCCGUUCCGACAUCAUUAGCACGAUGCGCAUUUACACGAUCGGGCGCAUCGAUUUCGGUGGCUUUCUGGUGGAGAUGAAACGGCACAGUGUCACGUACCGGGACUUUAUGCACGUCGCCUUCACGCUGAUGCGCCGCUGCGGGUACGGUGGGUUCGCGAUGGAACCGCCGGCCGAGCUCGAUUAUCGGUGGAAGAAUCCGCCGCAGGAGUUUGCCGAUUACUUUGCGAAGAACGAACAUUGCAGCAAACAGUUCGUGGCGGAUAACUUUGACUUUCUGCUGCUGAUCGUGGACAAUCUGCUGCAGCAGUACUUCGAACCGAUGGAGUUCUUUCUGCUGACGUACGUUUUGGGGUUGCGGGCUAAGUAAAGGCGUCCCGGGUGUAUCGUCCCCGGGGAGGUAGGGAGAGAGAAUCAAACAAGACAAGCGAGAAGUUGGAAGUGAAGGGACAUUAGCGAUAAGCGAGUUAGGCAAUCGCGCAAAGUGCGCGAUUGGUUUUAAAAAUAGGGAUUAAACAUUAAGCUUCUGUUUGACUUACGUUUGACACUACUCUACAUACAAUGUUACUACUUAGUCUUGCUGCAAUGCAUCGAACGCACUCAUGGAGGCUCGAACUAUCGAAUAAUACCUAACAUCCAGUCCCUCAACAAGACCCUCCUUGAAACGUAGCUCUCUUCUUAAUAGUUUCUUUUCGGUCCCUUACAAUUUAAACGUAAUUAAGUGUGCAUUAUUCUAACAGUGCCUUCAUAAUUUGGCGUGUAGUGCAAUGGUUUUACUCCAAUCAGAACGUGUUAAACUAGAAAACUUAACUAUGGUUUUCAAGACUACCCUUAUUCGUAAUUUUAUUUUUUUUCUGUGCUAUUCCUCCAAAGGAACGCUUUUAAAAUUGGCUACCAAAGUCAUGUAGUACUAAGCAAAAAAUUAAAUACACCAUACAACUAAUAUUUAAACCCUCUUUAUAUUUGGUAAGUGUUUUGGCGUGAUGUUCGGUGGGGUUUAAAUUAUUUUGAUUGUAAGUUAAGUUAAGUAACAAGCCAUAAGUGAACGUGUGUUAGUAAUAGAAAGUGGAAAAUAAAAGAUAAGUUUUAUAUAUAAUA